AAGUGUUUGAAUUAAUCUGGAUGACGCUAGUUUAUAAUUGAAAGGACUCGCGAAUGUGACACUCAUAUAAAAGUUAUAUGAAAAUUAUUGAAGUGUUUUAUUUGUGAAUAUGAGCCCAAAGGCAGAAAGUGUAGACGUGAGUUCUCCAAUUGAUAUCACUAGACCUGAUUAUAUGAAUGGAUCAAUUAAAGACGCAAAUGACGCCAAAGAAAAGGACAAAAAUGUUCAGAAUGUAUCGUUUUUCACAUUGUUUCGAUUCGCUAGCACAUUGGACAAGAUAUAUAUGUUUCUGUCCAUCCUAUUUUCAACUCUGUGCGGUAUAACGGUUCCUCUCAGUGUUAUCUUGUUCGCUGACGUGCUGCAAGCGAUGGUGAACUACGGUCAAUCAGUGGUUGCGGGAGUUCCAGAGAAUGAAGUAUUUCUAAAGGCCAUUACUGAUUUCGUGAUAUAUAAUUGUGCACUAGGACUUGUCGCAUUUAUUAUAUCCUACGCAGCGACAGUGCUUAUGAACGUUGCUGCCCUGAAUCAGGUGUAUAACAUAAGAUGCGAGUACCUAAGGUCUGCUUUAAAUCAAGAUUUUGAGUACUACGAUACUCACCAAACGGGAGAUUUCGCACAGAAAAUGACAGACGACAUAAGCAAAGUAGAGGACGGCAUUGGAGAGAAGUUAUCUAACUUCAUAUUCUACCAGUCGUCGUUUGUGGCUUGCGUUGUGAUGGCGCUCAUCAAGGGAUGGAAGCUGGCGCUGCUGUGUCUCAUAUCUUUCCCCAUCACGUUCAUACCUGUAGCAAUGGCAGGAUGGAUUUCCUCUCGACUAUCAAAGAAAGAAGCAGAGGCGACAGGUAAAGCGGGGUCGAUAGCAGAGGAAGUGCUCAUAGCGGUACGCACUGUCUAUGCAUUCAGUGGUCAGGAUAAAGAAGUUAAAAGAUACGAAAAACAUCUCAUUAAAGCACGAGAUUGUAACAUUAAAAAAGCCUUGUACAAUGGUAUAUCAAUGGGAGCUCUAUACUUUUGCAUUUUUGGUUCUUACGCGUUAUCCUUUUGGUUCGGCUUCAAGUUAAUGUUCGACGAACCUGGGACAUACGAUGUUAACACUAUGUUGGCGGUGUUUUUCGGAGUGAUGACAGGCACAGGUGAGUUCGGAAUGUCGUCAAUGUUAAUGGAAGUGUUUGGAGUGGCGCGCGGCGCGGGCGUGCAGAUCUUCACACUAAUCAACAACGUGCCCAAGAUAAACCCGUUAUUGAACCGAGGAUCAAUUCCUGCUACAAUCAAUGGCGAUAUAGAACUCAGGAAUGUCAUCUUCCACUAUCCGUCAAGACCAGAUGUGCCUGUGUUAAAAGGAGUAAACCUGAGCGUGAAGAAAGGUCAGUCGGUGGCAUUAGUGGGCCACUCAGGGUGUGGCAAGUCCACCAUCAUACAGCUCAUAUCGCGCUAUUACGACGUACUCGACGGCAGCGUGUGUAUUGAUGAUAACGACGUGCGCGACCUAUCGGUGCGCUGGCUGCGAUCUCAAGUGGGCCUGGUGAGUCAGGAGCCGGUACUGUUCAACGCGACGAUCCGAGAGAACAUCCGCUAUGGCCGCCCUGACGCUACUGACGAAGAAAUACAGUCUGCAACCCGGCAGGCUAAUGCACAUAACUUUAUUAUGAAAUUACCUUCGGGCUACGACACACUGGUAGGCGAGCGCGGGGCUUCACUGUCAGGAGGACAAAAGCAACGUAUCGCAAUAGCCCGUGCUCUCAUCCGCAACCCUCACAUAUUGCUUCUGGAUGAGGCCACCAGCGCAUUGGAUACGGCUUCUGAAGCAAGGGUACAAAAAGCUCUUGAUAAGGCACAAGAAGGUCGAACAACUGUAGUGGUUGCACACAGACUAUCAACGAUAAAGAACGUUGAUAUGAUAUACGUCUUUAAAGCCGGAGAAAUCGUAGAAUGUGGCAACCACGAGGAGUUAAUGGACAUGAAAGGUCACUACUAUGACAUGGUGAUGGUGCAAGUAUCUCCUGAUCAGAGCGAAAAUUCAGAUUCUAAGAAUAUUAUCGACCGCUCUACUUCUGUAAUAAGCAACGAAGCAGACGGAGACGAAUUUGUAGAUGUUAAAAUGGAGGAAAAGGCAACAGAAGCGCCACCAGAGGACGUGUCGUUCUGGCGCGUAGUUCGGCUCAACGCACCAGAGUGGAGAUCGGCGUCGGCGGCCAGCCUCUGCUCACUAUUGAGCGGGUUUGCUAUGCCGUUGUUUGCGGUCAUAAUGGGAGACUUUCUAGGGGCGCUAUCAAACACCAACAUCGACGAAGUAUUCGCUGCAAUCGAAAGAUACGCCAUAAUAUUUGUGGUCAUUGGCGUUAUAUCAGGGAUCGUUAAUUUCAUAGUGGUAUACUACUAUGGCGUGGCUGGAGAAUGUCUGACGACAAGACUACGACUGUUACUAUUCAAGAAUCUGCUGCGACAAGAGAUAGCUUAUUUUGAUGACAAAGCUAACUCCACUGGCGCCCUCUGUGCGCGACUCUCUGGUGAAGCGGCUGCAGUACAAGGGGCCACUGGCCAGAGAAUCGGCACGGUGCUUCAGGCGAUCGGUACAGUGAUAUUCUCAGUGGCGCUGGCACUGUACUAUCAGUGGCAAGUGGGCCUCAUCUCCAUGUGCAGCGUGCCCCUGAUGGCCAUAGUGCUCUACUACGAGAGCAAGUUCGCCAACACCGCCACGUUCGGAUCCACGAAGUCUAUGGAAGCGAGUUCCAAGUUAGCAGUGGAGGCGGUCGCAAGCGUACGCACAGUAGCUUCUCUGGGCCGUGAAGAAAUGGUAGUCAAGGAAUAUUCAACGCAUCUGCUACCAGCCUUGAUUCGUGCUAAGAAAACUUCCCACUGGCGUGGCAUAGUGUUUGGUCUGUCAAGAUCUAUCUUUAACUUCGCAUAUGCUGCUUCUCUGUUCUACGGAGGAACGCUGAUGAUUUACAAACACAUUGAUUAUGUCCUUAUCCUCAAAUCAGCCGAAGCACUACUAAUGGGUGCGAGUUCAGCUGGUCAAGCGUUCGCUUUCGCACCUAAUUUCCAAAAAGGCAUAAAAGCUGCCGCAAGAAUUAUUGUAAUUCUUAACAAGAAAUCUAAAAUUGUGGAUCCUAUUAUACCAGCCGUUGAAAACUUUGAGGGCACCGGAGCAGCAAGCCUACGUAACGUUGAUUUCAAGUAUCCAACCAGACCGGCUGUGCAAGUGUUAAAGGAUAUGAGUCUAGACAUACCCAGCGGUGAAACUAUAGCUCUUGUUGGAGCCAGCGGAUGCGGGAAGAGCACCAUCAUACAACUACUGGAGAGAUACUACGAUCCUGAUAAUGGUGUUGUAACUCAAGAUGGUAUACCACUGCCAAAACUUCUUAUGAAGGACUCCAGACAGACGAUCGGCUUCGUGCAACAAGAACCGAUAUUGUUUGACUUGACUAUAGCCGAAAACAUCGCCUACGGAGACAACUCGAGAACACCCAGCAUGGAAGAAAUCAUCGAUGUAGCUAAACAAGCGAAUAUUCACAACUUCAUACUGUCAUUGCCAAUGGGCUACGACACAAACAUCGGUUCAAAAGGUACUCAGUUGUCAGGUGGUCAGAAGCAGCGGGUAGCCAUCGCGCGGGCGCUCAUCAGGAAACCCAAAAUGUUGCUGCUCGACGAAGCUACCAGUGCUCUGGAUACUGAAAGCGAAAAGGUUGUUCAGGAAGCGUUGAACGCAGCGAAAGCGGGUCGCACGUGCGUGAUGAUAGCUCACCGACUGAGCACGGUGCGCGACGCGGACCUCAUCUGCGUGCUGCGCGACGGCGUCGUCGCAGAAAGUGGCACACACAAGCAGCUCAUGAAUGCACAGGGACUCUACUACAACCUCAACAGACGGGGAUAGACUAUCUUCAAGGGCUGUUACGUGCGAAUUUGAUAUUGGUUGAGCAAUAUUCAAGAUCAUAGCUAUCAAGAGUGCUCUUCUAUAAUUGUGCAUGUAAACAUAAUUUUGUACUUUA